GCUCUCUGAUUCCCCAUAGCGAUCAAUCCGAGCGCUGCAGUUGUCAGUAGGCUACACUUCGUUUUCCUGGGUCCAUGUUGAAGUUGGUCAGCCCAGACUUUCUCGCAUACUCAGCUUCGUCGGGUCAUUCCAGGGCACGCGUUGCAUCUGUUCCAUCGCGCUCGUCCCGCUCGCAGGUACAACAAACACCGACUACAUCCGCACAAACUCAGUAAGAGAGGAAUGCCCCGGCGUAGUGUCGGAAAAUAGCAUUUCUGUGUGCCGACCUGCGUAUGUGUCUGUUUGUCCAGAUAACGGCUCGAAGAAUUAUCCCGGAUGCUGCUUUUCAUUUGAACCCGACAACAUCUCAAGCAGAAAGAGAGAGAGAGGGCUGUUGUGUUGUUUCAGACUGCAAGGCUCCAAUGGUGUAAGCCGACGCAUCACCGUGGGGGAUUCUGACAGUCCGCACACAGCCCAGGCCAGUAUCAGAAGGCAGGGGAGGGUAUGAGAAUGGUGUCUAUGCCCUGAAGCCCAGCAGCAUGUCAGAGCAAGGAGACAAAUGCACCACCCCCCGCUGGAAACAUGAGGCCAUGCAAAAUGGAUACAUCCCUAGUUACCUGGACAAGGACGAGUUAUGUGUGGUAUGUGGGGACAAAGCUACAGGAUAUCACUAUCGCUGUAUCACCUGUGAAGGAUGCAAGGGUUUCUUCCGGCGGACGAUCCAGAAGAACCUGAACCCAACGUACGCGUGUAAGUACGAGGCAAAGUGCAUCAUCGAUAAGGUGACCAGGAACCAGUGCCAGGAGUGUCGCUUCAAGAAGUGCAUCACUGUCGGCAUGGCAACAGACUUGGUGCUGGACGACAGCAAGCGGCUCGCCAAGCGGAAGUUGAUCGAGGAGAACCGUGAGCGGCGGCGGAAGGAGGAGUUCCAGAAGACAGUGUGGGACCGGCCUGAGCCGUCCCAGGAGGAGUGGGACCUGAUCCGCAUGGUCACCGAGGCCCACAUGUCAACUAACGCCCAGGGCAACCACUGGAAACAGAAACGCAAGUUCUUGGUCGAGGAAGCAAUGCUACUUAAUGAAAUAACAUGUAAUUUAUUCUAUACUUCUGACCAGAGUGCAGUGGGGGUGAAGGAAACCAAGCCCGAGGACAUUGGUCAAGCGCCGGUCAUAAAUGCACCUGAAGGGAGCAAAGUGGACAUUGAAGCCUUCAGUCAGUUUACAAAAAUUAUCACCCCCGCCAUUACCCGAGUGGUGGACUUUGCCAAAAAGCUGCCUAUGUUCUGUGAGCUGCCUUGUGAAGACCAGAUUAUCCUAUUGAAAGGCUGCUGCAUGGAGAUCAUGUCUUUACGGGCGGCCGUUCGCUACGACCCCGAGAGUGAGACGCUGACGCUUAACGGGGAGAUGGCCGUGACCCGCGGCCAGCUGAAGAACGGAGGCCUGGGUGUGGUGUCGGACGCUAUCUUUGAUUUGGGCUUAUCACUGUCUUCGUUCCACCUGGACGACUCUGAGGUCGCUCUGCUACAGGCCGUCAUCCUCCUGUCCUCCGACCGUCCGGGGCUGACCAGCGUGGAGCGUAUUGAGCGCUGUCAGGAGGAGUUCCUUCUGGCCUUUGAACAUUACAUCAACUACCGCAAACACAAGGUGGCGCAAUUCUGGCCUAAGCUGCUGAUGAAGGUGACGGACCUGCGGAUGAUCGGGGCGUGCCACGCCUCCCGCUUCCUGCAUAUGAAGGUGGAGUGCCCCAACGAACUUUUCCCUCCACUCUUCCUGGAGGUCUUUGAGGACUGACGGACAGACGGAGGGACAGACGCGCAUGCACACACCCUGCCAAGGUGUGUGUGUUUGUGUGUGGUCGGGGUGUGUGUGGGCGCCUGUCGGGGGCUACGACAGUGGGCCUCAGAGUGGCUCUAGGCGUCUUGGGACACGUUGGAACUCUCAUUAGCACUACUGAGUCAUUUCAUUCCAUAGCUUUGGUAUAGCCUAGCUUCUCAGCCUAGUUUUUAUGGAUGGAACCAUCCCUUACGAUGCGGGUACAAGUGAACAGCAUUUUCUUUUGGUUUUUAUUUUGUAAAUGUUUCACCUCUCCUCAGUUACUUCUCUAUAGGUUUUUUGGGUUAAUUGUACAGUCAGUCAGUCGGCUUAUUUGUGAUUAUGUCUAGUUGUUGUCGUUGACAGCGCUCGUUCAGUCAGUCAUAUGAACCAUGCAACUUCUAGUGUUUCAUUUUACUCCUGUUUAUUAUUGAGUGCUGACUCCACCAACCCUGAGAAGGUCAGUACUGUACAAGACAGUGACCGACAGCAGAAGCCAGUUAACCUGCAUUAUUCCAUUCCCUUCCUUUUCGUAUUCUCUUCCUACGAGACUUCCCCAGUCAGGGGAUGUGUAGUAGCUUUCAUAUAGGUGUCCCUCUGGUGCUGGUGUUCUGUGAGAGCUAUAUCUAUACCUGUUCAAUGCUGCCAUUCUAACACACUCUUACUGUACUCACAUCAUUCACACCAUAGAAAUAGUCAAUGUUCUGUAAUGGGUAUGGCUAUUCUUAUUCUAAUUCUAUUUCUAUGAUUCACACCACAAGCUCCCACCUUGAGUAAACCUAGGCCCAUUUCUAAACAAUGGCAAGGCACAACACUAAAUAACUCAUCCAUGUAGAAAAAGCUAGCUAAAAGACGGCUUGUUUCUCCUCUUCUGUGUUAAACCUAAACGACCAGGACAGAUAUAUAAGCACACUUUGACACGAAGUCAGGGAAAAGAUUAAAGCCAUUCAAUAGCUAUUUCUUUUUUUUCAUGAUGCCACUCAUGCAGUGCCAAAAAAAAUUGGGAAUUCAUCCAAUCAUUUUGGAUUGUUUCCCGGAACCAGGAUGCAUGAUCUAACCUGAUCUGAUUGGCUAUCAGUGACUUCUUCUAGAACAUUAGAACAUGCUUCCGGCUCUCAUUCACGUUCUAGAGUGUAGACUUGCAUCAUGAAACAGAACGUUAUUGAAACAGAGAUAAUUAUUUUGUAGUUGUCACCAUGGCGUGUAGUUCCUGAGCUACAGAUGGACAAAUCAGACAGACAGACACUGUGAGCUGUGAUGCUGGCAGAAAUUCCUCCUGCUGUCUCACAAGAUUCCAUGGGAACUUUUUAACUAUGUUCAAGCGUCAUAUUAUAUUCUCAACAUGUGAGUUACUGAAAGUGAUCAUGAUCCUCCUAUAAGGACUGGUUGUUGCUAUGAUACUUGCUAAUUGGCUGAUUCAUGCCUGUAUGAAUGACAUGUGGGUAGAGUCAGGGGGUCAAACCCUUUCUAUGUUGACCACAGUCAAUGGAAUUCUGAGUCAGAGGAGAGAAUCGCUGCCACUAGGGGUGUCACACCCUGACCUUAGUAUUUUUUGUUUUCUUUGUUAUUUUAGUUAGGUCAAGGUGUGACAAGGGGUGUAUUGGUACACUAUUUAUACCGAAACGUUUGGUACGGGGACCUCGGUUCGGUCCACACUGUGAACCCGAAUGAAUAGAUACAAAAUAUCUUAAAACAAUAAACUACUAGGCCUAUAGGUUGUAUGCCUCUUGAGUAAAUCUGAGCUGAAAAAAACAUUUCAGACUAUUCCGUUAAAACAACUAGAGCCUAUGCACACAUUGUAGGCCAAUUAAAAUGAGAAUGUUAAUUGGCGCAUUUCAACCUGUCCUUUUGUGAGGCGCAGCCGGGAGCUAGUUCUGUACGAUGGCAAGUGGUGGGGUCGAUAAACCAGGAGGAUUCUCCAUCGACAGUUUGGGAACAUUUUGGCUUCCCAGUAGAUUACAAUGGCGGUGGACAGAGAGAGUAUAUCGCCACUGCUCAAACAGAAUAGCCUAUGCAGCAGCCAACACCUCAAACAUGUUGACACAUUUACGCCAACACCAUCCCAAUAUUCUUACCAUAGGAGCAAAACGGAAACGCAAAAAAAACAAAACAAUUUUGUCUCUCCUCUGCAUUCAAGCAGCCCCCCGCAACUGAUUCUGACCGGGCCAAAGAAUUUCUAAGAGCGAUAGGUAUGUUUAUAGCCACGGAUAUGCACCCAUUCUUGGUGGUUGAGAACAGGGGUUUUCAGCACCUCAUGAAAGUGCUUGAGACACUACGAAAUUUGUACUCUUGCACCCAUUUCAGCGGGUAGUACCCACUCUAUACAAGCAAGCUAAAGACAAAGUUGUCAAUGAAUUGGCCAAUAUACCCUGUGUUGUGCUUACUACAGAUGGAUGGACCUCCAGGGCAACAGAUAGCUACUUAACAGUGACACCCCAUCACAUUACCCGGAGUGGGAAAUGAGAAGUAUUGUGUGCCCAAUUUGAGAGGCACACAAUUGCGUGCCUUUGUGUCUUUGUAAGAAAACAUUAUAGCAUACGUCUCUCUAUAUACAAUGUCUGAGCCAUAUUUACAUAUUGAUUUCACACAUUAAUUGCACUUUUUAGUGUUGUUGUUGAUCAGUAAAAAUACUGUGUUGGUAUUCCUGAUGGUGCUCUCAUCAGGCAUUAUAUGACUCAUGAUCAUGUAUGGAAUCAGGAAUACCAACACUUUGUAUUUUCUUAAAUAAACCAAAGUUAACUACAGUAAAUGUUAGCCUGUCAUUUUCCCCACUGUACCGAAACCCAAUGGAAUCGUGACCCCAAAACCACAAUACAUACAGAACCGUGGGUUUGGUGAACCAUUACACCCCUAGCUGCCACAAAAAAUGAUGCAACAUCAGCAGGGUACAGAGAAAAACUUGAUGAUAAAAAAAAGCUCUUUAUUUUGGUUGUAUAUUUCUUUAAAAAAAAAAGUUGUAUGAUAUUGUGGUUUGUUUGCAACAGUUAAAAAAAAUGUAUAAACUUUGCGUAAAAAUCCAACUAUUAUAAGCUUCACACUACUCCUCAAAGCAGCUUGUGUUUUCUCUGUAAAAGUGAUGCCUUUCAUAAAGCAAUAGACUUCGCAGUGUUUAAAUGACUAGGACCUCACAACUCACACAAACUGCACAGUUAACAAUGCGCAGACAAUCAGAGAGAGACAGACAGGUAAUUGGAAACAGGAAGUGGCGCAGGGUCCAAUUACUUCCUGGUUUACAAGUUGAAUGGGGACACGGGCUAAGUCAAUGGCCCUAGAAUGAGUUGUGACAAUCAGCAUAUUUGAGGCAAUUUGUUUGAGACAGGCAACGGCGGCGCAGAAUGGCAAGUCUUGAUCACAUAAUGAGUAGUUAUUUGGAAUGCAAGGUGAUUUAUAGUCGUCGGUAGUUGAUCUCAAACAUGCACUCUGCCGAAUGUCACCUUAUUCCACAAGAUACUUCUUAAAGCGCCAGUGUGGUAUUUUCUCUCGCAAGAGUGGUCACUCUUAAUAACUCAGUUACAAACCAAUAACAAAUGUUGCACCAAUAGAAAAGAAGCUAUUUUACAGUACUACAGAGGAUAAGGAUGUAUAUUUUCAGACUGCAGAAUUUUUUUACAGAUAUUGUAUGCAUUAUGAACAUUUUACUGUUUUACGUAAAAACCGGGAAAAAACUAUCUUUCUCUCAAUUUCAUUGCAAAACCACAAUGACAUACUGUUCUAGAUUUGCUUUAGAUAUAACUAUGUGAACAUCAUGAACUAGUAAGAUUCAUAGACGGAUUGAAGUGGUAGUUUCACCUUGACAAAAUAUCUGUUGGUUACAGUAUGGAACUAUAUCAGUGGUGGCUGGUGGCACUUUGCAUAGGGAGGACAGGCUCAUAGUAAUAGCUGUAAUGAAAUGAAUAGUGGUCUCAAACACAUCAAACAUCUGGUUCCCAUGUGUUUGAUACCAUUCCAUUCACGCCAUUCAUUAUUAUGAGCCGUCCACUCGUCACCAGCCUCCUCUGAACUCAACAUAUACUAUACUGCAAAGUUGGCCAGGACAAUUUGAAUAAAAACCAGAUCCAUUUCUGAAAGCCAAGCAAAUCCACUCACUGUUAAAAUAAUAACAAAUGAUUUACUUAUGUGUUUUCUUGACUUAAUGUUUUAGCAGACAAAUACCAACAAUAUGUUGUUCAUGAUGUAGUAAACGUUUAUCAAUGAUAUCCGGAAUAUUGGAUGACAAGUCUUUGGAGAGAAAGAGUGAGAGAAUGAACUUGUGGUGUUAGUGUAAUUGAUUGAGAAUGAGUCUGUGGGUGUAGUGUUUUUGUACCAAAUUGAAACGUGUUGCACACAGCGUUGCCCAUGGAGUUGAAUCUGACCUGUUUUGACUUGGGUACCCUGGAAGAAAAGACAAGUUGCACAAAAAAUAUAAUAAUUAUGAAUUUGGAUCCUCAUGAUUAUGAUGCCAUUUGCACGUAAUGUGAAUUGGAUCUUGAGAAUAAAGAUGGUUUUAAGAAAA